AUCGCUCAUCUCAAUUUCUGAAGUCUGUAUGCUAGGUGCCGCCAUGGCUGUCACGGCGUCCACGUCGCCGCUACCGCGGGGCGCGCAUCACCGGCGGGUGUGGUCGCUCUUCUGCUGCAGCGACCCCGCCACGCGCUCCUUCUACGAGCUCGACGUGGACGCGGAGAGCAGCGCGCGCGGAGAUGCGGAGGCAGCAGCGGCGGGAGCGGAGCAGCCGGCGGACACGGCGCGGCAAGUGCGGAGAGACGGCGAUGACGGCGCCUUGUUAAGGGGAUUGGCAGACAUUGCAGCGAGCGAGAAAGCGCUACGCGCGGAAGUGGCAGCUAGAGAGGCGCAGCCGCCGCUGACAUCAACCAAUGCGCCGAUCGACCAUGGUGCAUCCGACGUGUCCAGCAGCGUAUCCACGUCAGCGCCGCAGUCGGCGUUCAGCGCCGCAUGCUCCCCCCUUCAAGCUCUUUCUCCCCGCCCAGAGUUGGCCGCAUCUGGCGGUGCCACGUCAUCCGCGGGAAUCAUGGACAUGUGGAAGAACCUCGAAGCGCCCGCCUCGCCCAAGCAUAAUUCCGCCGCGGCUCGUAAGUCGCGCGUCGCGCAUUCCGCCGACGCCGCAUUUCCCCCCUUCCACCGCGCGCCCGUGCGCGUGGAUGUUCCGCAUUCCCCGGCGAAUCUCCCGGACUCCGCCGUUUCGCCAACCAACUCCGAGGGGAGCGUGGCGCGUACUCCGGGCGGCACUUAUUUGUCGUUUUCCAGCGCCCCGUCGCCCCGCACCGUGCAGUGCGCGUACUCGCUACAAACAGGCGCGCUUAUCGUCACGCCCAACCCGCGUGGUUCGGCGGGCUGGGCGGCGGUUGGCGGGAACGGUGGAAGCGGCGGGGCGUGGGGGAGCGAGAGGGCGCUCAGUCCGCCGGAGGAAGCGGGCGGAGCGGGGGGAGUCGUGGGGUGGGAGCAGGAGGUGCGGCGCUGGGAGGAGGAGGAGGAGCGGGAGCGGUUAGAGGGGGAGGUGCGCGGGAUGGUGGCGCACCUCAUGGGGCAGCUGCGCGCGGUAAGGGGGGCGGCACACCAAAUGGCGGAAGCGUUAUCCGCGGAUGUGGCGGAGGGAAGCGGGGAGAGUGAAAUUGGGACCGGAACGGGAUGCAGUGGGGGCGCGGCGGAAAUGGCGGCGGUGUCGGCGGCAGCGCGAGCGGUGCGGCUGCUGGUGAAGAGCAGCGACGCGAAUCGCAGCAUCAUGGCCGCCGUGCCGGGCGCCAUUGGCGCGCUCGUGGGGGUGGCGGACGCGCUGCUGCUGGCGGAGAGCGGGGGAACGCGCGGAGCAGAGGGGGCGGCCGAGGCGGAGAGCAGCGAGUGCGGGGAGCGGAGCGGCGGGGAAAGGGUAGAAGGUGAGGCAGAUCGCGGACAGGACGGGGGGUGGAAGGAAGGCGGGGGAAGCGAGGCGAUGGCGCAGAGGAGGAAGGAGGGGGAGGCGGAGAAGGCAGCAGAGGCGGCGCGGGAGGCGGUGGGGCACGCGGUGACGGCGCUGCUGAACCUGUCGCUGUCGCCCGGCACACACGCCGCCAUGGCGGGCGAGGGCGCCGUGGAUGCACUCUCACGCAUCGUGGCGUGUGCAGAGGGGAGAGGGGGGUCUACUGGAGAGGGGAGACGGGGGACUACUGGAGAGGGGAGAGGGGGGACUACUGGAGAGGGGGGCGCAUGCAGUGGUGCUGGUGAUGAGCUGCCGAGAGCACCUGGACGUCCUUCGUUAGUGUCACAGGAGGCACGGGAGAAUGCAGCAGCAGCACUGUUCAUGCUGACGUCAUCACCCCUACCUCCCUCCCUCUCCUCUGUGCAUUCCACCUCUCUCUCCUCCUCCACCUCAUCUCUUGCCGGCGCCCUCUCCUCCUCCUCCCCCCCCGCCUCCUCUUUCCCACCUCAGCACAAGCCAGCCCUCACCUCCAAUCAUGCAUCAAACCCUAACCCUACCCACACUGAUCCGCCCAGCACCGCUCUGAACCCCUCUGCAUCCGACCUGGCCUCCAUCCGCCGCCGUGUUGCUGCUUCCCCGGGCGUCAUUGCUGGCCUCGUGCGCAUGCUGCCGGCCUCGCCCGCCCGCUCCCUGCGCGGCCGCAAAGACGCCGCCCUCACGCUCUUCAACCUCGCCCUCUGCGCCGACCACAGGCCGGCAGUCAUUGCGGCCGGCGCCGUUUGUCCGCUAGUGCGGAUGCUAGAGGAGGAAGAGCCGGGGAUGCGGCUAGGGCUAGAAGAGAAGGCAGUAGCAGUGCUGGCGCGCCUGGCGCAGGCCACGGAGGGCAGCAGGCAGAUCCGCGCCUGUGGUGGUAUACCACCGCUGGUGGAGCUUCUAGACGCCAGCUGUGCGGCGCUGGGGGCGUCCCCCUCCAUGGCUUCUCUGGCAGAGCUGAGCGUGCAGACAGGGGAGGGGGCAGGGGGGGGAGGGGGAGGGAGUGGUGGGAGUGGGGCGGGGGAGCAGCAGCGGUGGCGGCGUGUGCAGAAGGACGUGGGCGCGGUGCUGCUGCGCGCGGUGGAGGACGAGGGUGCAAGAAGGGAGAUGCUGGAGGAGGGCGCCCUGCCCGUGCUGAGGAAGAUGCGCCACCGGGGGUCGACAAGAGCAAGACUCACGGCCAACCAGUUGCUGGAUGCGCUUCAAAACAAGACUGCACAGAAGAGCGAGGGUGAAGCUUGAACGUCAAUUCAUAUAUCGAACAAGGGGGAACCGGUAAUAGCUAUCUAGAUUAUCUGGUCAUUCUCAGUGUACAUUAGUAUUAAUCGAGUAGGUCUUGUACCGUAUUAUAUAUUUUUUAUGUAACUGAUCUGGA